AAAUAGUUCCGGCGCGGCUGCUGCGAGUGGCGCUAGUCCGUAGCCGGUAUGGUGGGAAGUGCUUCCUAGUUCCCCUAGCAAGAUCUGGCUUGUGAUUUUCUCCAUACCUAGCAGAGGUCUACUGAUCCAAGACAGUAUCCAAAAUGCAUAUUAAGUCAAUAGUUCUUGAGGGUUUCAAGUCUUAUGCUCAGAGAACUGAAGUCAAUGGUUUUGACCCUCUCUUCAAUGCUAUUACUGGUUUGAAUGGUAGUGGGAAAUCCAACAUUUUGGACUCCAUCUGUUUUUUGCUAGGCAUCUCCAACCUGACUCAGGUUCGGGCUUCUAAUUUACAAGAUUUAGUUUAUAAAAAUGGGCAGGCUGGAAUUACCAAAGCGUCAGUGUCAAUCACUUUUGAUAAUUCAGACAAAAAGCAAAGCCCCUUAGGAUUUGAAGCUCAUGAUGAGAUCACAGUAACAAGACAGGUGGUUAUUGGUGGGAGAAAUAAAUAUUUAAUCAAUGGAGUAAAUGCAAACAACACUAGAGUACAGGAUCUGUUCUGUUCUGUUGGCCUGAAUGUUAACAAUCCUCACUUUCUCAUCAUGCAGGGUCGAAUUACAAAAGUCUUAAAUAUGAAACCUCCUGAGAUUUUAUCCAUGAUAGAAGAAGCUGCUGGAACUAGAAUGUACGAAUACAAAAAAAUAGCAGCCCAGAAAACAAUAGAAAAAAAGGAAGCUAAGCUGAAAGAAAUAAAAUCGAUACUUGAAGAAGAGAUUACUCCUACCAUUCAGAAAUUGAAAGAGGAAAGAUCUUCCUAUUUGGAGUACCAAAAAGUAAUGAGAGAAAUAGAACAUUUGAGUCGUUUAUAUAUUGCUUAUCAGUUUUUACUGGCUGAAGAUACCAAAGAUCGCUCAGCUGGGGAAUUAAAAGAAAUGCAGGAUAAAGUUAUACAGCUUCAAGAAAAAUUAUCUGAAAAUGAUAAAAAAAUAAAGGCACUUAAUCAUGAAAUAGAAGAGUUGGAGAAAAGUAAAGAUAAGGAAAUUGGAGGCAUACUCCAAUCUUUAGAAGAUGCUCUUACAGAGGCUCAGCGAGUUAAUACUAAAUCUCAAAGUGCUUUUGACCUCAAGAAGAAAAAUCUAGCAAGUGAAGAAAAUAAACGCAAAGAGCUAGAAAAAAAUAUGAUUGAGGACUCUAAAACUUUAGCAACAAAGGAGAAGGAAAUGAAAAAGAUAACAGAUGGACUGCAUAGCCUUCAAGAAGCAAGUAAUAAAGAUGCUGAAGCUUUGGCUGCUGCUCAACAGCAUUUCAAUGCUGUUUCUGCAGGCUUGUCCAGUAAUGAAGAUGGAGCAGAAGCAACUCUUGCUGGUCAAAUGAUAGCCUGUAAAAAUGAUAUGAGUAAAGCUCAGACAGAGGCCAAACAGGCUCAAAUGAAGUUGAAACAUGCCCAGCAGGAAUUGAAGAGUAAACAAGCAGAAGUGAAGAAGAUGGAUAGCGGCUACAGGAAGGACCAAGAAGCUUUAGAAGUUGUAAAAAAACUCAAAGAAAAACUUGAAACUGAAAUGAAGAAAUUAAAUUAUGAAGAAAAUAAGGAGGAAAACCUUUUGGAAAAGCGUAGGCAGCUGUCUCGUGAUAUCAACAGAUUGAAAGAAAAAUAUGAAGCUCUUUUGGCCAGAUUUCCUAAUCUUGGAUUUGCAUACAAGGAUCCAGAGAAGAACUGGAAUAGAAACUGUGUAAAAGGACUUGUAGCUUCUCUUAUUAAUGUGAAAGACACUUCUGCUACCACAGCUUUAGAAUUAGUGGCUGGGGAACGACUGUACAAUGUUGUAGUAGACACAGAGGUUACUGGUAAAAAGUUGCUAGAGAAAGGGGAAUUGAAGCGUCGUUACACUAUAAUUCCUCUCAAUAAAAUUUCAGCCAGAUGUAUUGCUCCAGAAACUCUGAAGAUUGCUCAAAACCUUGUUGGUCCUAACAAUGUUCACGUAGCCCUUUCCCUGGUUGAAUACAAACCAGAACUUGAGAAAGCUAUGCAGUUUGUCUUUGGAACAACAUUUGUUUGUGACAAUAUGGAUAAUGCCAAGAAAGUGGCCUUUGAUAAAAGAAUAAUGACUAGAACUGUAACUCUGGGAGGAGAUGUGUUUGAUCCUCAUGGGACAUUGAGUGGAGGUGCUCGAUCCCAGGCAGCUUCUAUUUUAACUAAGUUUCAAGAACUCAAAGUUGUUCAAGAUGAAAUGAGAAUCAAGGAGAGUGAGCUGCGUGCUUUAGAGGAAGAACUAGCUGGUCUUAAAAACACUGCUGAAAAAUACCACAAACUGAAACAGCAAUGGGAGAUGAAAGCAGAAGAGGCAGAUUUGUUACAAACCAAGCUCCAACAAAGCUCCUAUCACAAGCAACAAGAAGAAUUAGAUGCUCUUAAGAAAACUAUUGAGGAAAGUGAAGAGACCUUAAGAAACACAGAAGAAGUCCAAAAAAAAGCAGAAGAAAAAUAUGAGAUAUUGGAGAAUAAAAUGAAAAAUGCAGAAGCUGAAAGAGAAAGAGAAUUAAAGGAUGCUCAGAAAAAUCUGGAUUGUGCCAAAACCAAAGCAGAUGCAUCUAGCAAGAAAAUGAAGGAAAAACAACAGGAAGUUGAAGCUAUCACUCUAGAGUUAGAAGAGCUAAAGAGAGAACAUGCAUCUUAUAAUCAGCACCUUGAAGCUGUAAAUGAAGCUAUCAAAUCCUAUGAAGCUCAGAUUGAAGUAAUGGCAGCAGAGGUAGCUAAAAAUAAGGACUUAGUAAAUAAAGCUCAAGAAGAGGUGACCAAGCAAAAGGAAGUAAUAACUGCACAAGACAAUAUAAUUAAAGCUAAAUAUGCAGAAGUGGCAAAAUAUAAGGAGCAAAACAAUGAUUCUCAGCUUAAAAUUAAGGAAUUAGACCACAACAUCAGCAAACAUAAGCGAGAAGCUGAAGAUGCUGCUGCAAAGGUAUCCAAAAUGUUGAAAGAUUAUGACUGGAUUAAUUCAGAGAAACACCUGUUUGGCCAAUCCAAUAGUGCCUAUGAUUUCAAAACUAACAACCCCAAAGAAGCUGGUCAGCGACUUCAGAAGUUACAAGACAUGAAAGAGAAACUAGGAAGAAAUGUCAACAUGAGAGCUAUGAAUGUACUAACAGAAGCUGAAGAACGGUAUAAUGACUUAAUGAAAAAGAAGAGAAUUGUAGAAAAUGACAAAUCCAAAAUCCUUGCCACUAUAGAAGACCUUGACCAGAAGAAAAACCAAGCUCUAAAUAUUGCUUGGCAAAAGGUUAACAAGGACUUUGGAUCUAUUUUUUCUACUCUUUUGCCUGGUGCCAAUGCUAUGCUUGCACCACCAGAAGGGCUUACUGUUUUAGAUGGUCUGGAGUUCAAAGUUGCCUUAGGAAAUACUUGGAAAGAAAACCUAACUGAGCUUAGUGGUGGUCAGAGGUCAUUAGUGGCUUUGUCAUUAAUAUUGUCCAUGCUGCUCUUCAAACCUGCUCCAAUUUAUAUCUUGGAUGAAGUAGAUGCAGCCUUGGAUCUUUCUCAUACCCAAAAUAUUGGGCAGAUGCUGCGUACUCACUUCACACAUUCUCAGUUCAUUGUGGUGUCCUUAAAGGAAGGCAUGUUCAACAAUGCAAAUGUUCUCUUCAAAACCAAGUUUGUGGAUGGUGUUUCUACAGUAGCCAGAUUUACUCAAAGUCAAAAUGGAAAGAUUCCAAAGGAAGCAAAAUCCAAGACAAAGGAACCCAAGUGAGCACAUGGUGGAAGUAGAAACUUACCCUUCACCUCAGCCUGUGUUUAUACAUAGUCUGUCAAAACCUUGGGGUCUGAUUUGUUUGUAUGGUAUCUAUGUUAUUUUGUUACUUAACUCAUGUUUUGUCUUCCUUUGUUAUCACUUGUAAAUGAGUAUGGGUUUUUCUGUCUUAAUUAGUGUGUAACUAUGGUCUAAUUAUUGUGGUUGUGAUUUUAUCUGUAUCAUUAAUUUUUUAUGCAAAUCUUUUUACAUAUUAGGGAGCUUGAGAUUAUCUAAGGUUAGUAGCAAAUUCUGCAUGUAAAAACAAAAUAUAGAGAGAAGAAAUUAAACUAUAGUAUAAAUACAGCUGAUAGCUUUUAAUUUGUUCAUUUGUAAGAUAACAUUAAGGUGUUUUCUGUUGCUAAUAAAAUUACUUAGGUAAAGAAAUAUAAAGCAAAUAGUAGCAGGACCAACAAAGGGAACACAAAAGAAGGCUAUUAGGCAUGUACGGAGUGAUUUGAAGCUAGUGCUUUGAGGACACAAAAUCUGAUCCAAAGAUAGGAAAUAAACCUUGAAAAGACUUCUCAUUUUAAUAGUGGAAUAUCAUGUUUCUAUAUGCAUAAGAAUUGAUGUCUGAAACCUUGACUGUUUGGGUUUUUUGUAAACUUUGAGAGUUUUAAUAGAAGAUUGAGAGGAAGUGUAUUGCCUGGUGCUUUCUUUGUUUUAUCUGAAGUCCCUAAUAUUUUAAAGAUUUUUGCCAGCUUUUUUAUAAUCUAAUCAAUAACCUACUGAUAUGGAUGUUUGAAAAUGUCAGACCCAAAAAACUAAAUCAAAUUGAGCCUGAUAAAUAUGUAAAUAAAUAGAUCCUUCUGCUCUAUCCAAAUAACUCAGAAGCCUGAUUUUCAUAAUUCCUAGUGCCUUCUGUUUUCCAGUUCCAAGAGAAGAAAUUCCUUUUGAAUUUGAAAGAUAGAGAGACCAAACACCCUAUGAAUACUAUUUACCUUUCUUGUCUCUGUAUCCAUUGCUUCAGCAGUGCCUCUGAUGUGAUCUGAUCUAAUGUUGCUAUUUGUGUUCCAUAUCCUUUCCUUUGAACUUUAGUCUUAGUCCUUGGUGUUAUUACUGUUUUCCCCCUGGUCCUUGCUCAUAUUUCCUGCCACUGAGCUUAACAUUUCUCAUUCUUCAUUUUCUUUACAUAUCUAAGAUGUUAUAUAGAGCACCCAAGCCAUUGAUAUUACAAGAAAAAUUAGGAAGGACUUGAUCUGGAACUCAUCUUUCAGUUGUGGUAGGGGACGUAGACAAAGCUGUAAAUGCUGAGUUACAGAAGUUUAAUACUACAGAUAACUGACUUGCAGAGUUUUUUUUUUUUCCAAAAGUAUUGAAAUUAUUUACCAAAACACUUGUAUGUGAUCUGUUCACAAUAUCACUGAUACAGUAUUCCAGUUUGAUCACAAACUCAUUGGAACUACCUGUUGAUUUUAGUAUUUUCAAUUAAACAAUUAUAAAAUAUGGUACUUAGUGUUUCAGCCUGCAUUUUUUUUAAGUUACAAGAUUAAAUGUUUUCCCAUAUAUACUAUUUCCUUUCUUUCCUAGUUUUCUGCUUGUAUAUUUGCCUAAUCUUUGUCUUAUGUAUAAUUUUGCUCUUCAGGAAAAAUUUUCACGCAUAUAAUAAAUUUUUAUUUUAUUUUA